AUGUCCGGAUUACACCCCUUCGACCCCAUCACACCCGGGGAAAUCCAGCUUGCCACCAAACUCCUGCAGGCCGCUCUCCCUGGCGUUGACCUGCGGUACAAGCGGAUUGAUAUUCAAGAGCCUAUCAAGAAGGAUGUCGUGCCGUAUAUUGAGGCUGAGCGCUUGGGGAAGCCUCUUCCGCCGAAGCCGGCGCGGUUUUUGAUUGCUUUGUUCCACCGGUUGGACACCGGGGCAUUCUGUAAGGCAUUGCUGAAUGCUUCGACGAGAGCUGUUGUGUCUUUGAAUGAGAUGCCGAAGGAUAUUCAGCCCCCUGUCGACGUGGACGAAAUGAUCGAAAUCGAACAACUCUGUCUCAACCACCCUGCUGUCCAGGCUGAGAUCGCCAAGAUGCAGCUCCCAUCCGGCAUGAGAGUUUGCAACGAUCCCUGGAUCUACGGAACAGAUGACCAGAACGAGUCUCGUCGUUUGUUCCAGUGCUACAUGUACAUUGUUGCCACGGACCACCCGCAAAACAACCACUAUGCGCAUCCGUGCAAGUUCUCUCCUGUCUUUGACGGUCUUACCAGACAACUGGUACGGAUUGAUUACUUGCCCUCUACUCCUGAUCAUAGCAGCGUUGAGACGCAACCAUGGAGACCAGUUCCGGGAAUCCAGUAUGCACAUGAAUUGCUCGAGGAGCCUUUGCGCAAUGACUUGAAGCCGUAUAUCGUGCAGCAGCCGGAGGGUGCUUCGUUCUCUGUGAACGGAAAUGAGGUUUCAUGGCAGAAGUGGAAGUUCCGGGUUGGGUUUAAUACCCGGGAGGGGAUGGUCAUCCACAACCUGAACUAUGACGGACGGAGUGUUUUCUACCGGCUGUCGGUGUCGGAGAUGACGGUUCCUUACGGACACCCUCGUGCUCCCUUCCACCGCAAGCAAGCGUUUGACGUUGGAGACGUCGGCUUCGGUAUCACAGCGAACGAGCUCACACUUGGAUGUGAUUGUCUCGGCCACAUCAAGUACUUUGACGGCUUCCGCGCUGACUCGAAGGGAACGCCUAUCCAGCUGAAGAACGUCAUUUGCCUCCACGAGCAGGAUAAUGGCCUGCAACACAAGCACACAAACUAUCGUACCGGCGCUGCGACUGUUGUCCGGAACCGCCAACUAGUGGCGCAGAUGAUCUGCACAGUUGGCAACUAUGAGUACAUCUUUGCCUUCAUUUUCGAUCAGGCUGCCAAUGUCGAGCUCGAAGUGAGGGCAACUGGUAUUCUCUCCACCGUUCCUUUCGACAAUGAGAAGCCCGGAACGACCGUUCCAUGGGGAACAAACGUCGGCCCCGGCGUUAUGGCUCCAUUCCACCAGCACAUGUUCUCCUUCCGAAUUGAUCCCGCUCUUGACGGAAACCAAAACACAAUUUAUUACGAAGACUCCGUUCCGAUGCCCGAAGACGAAAACAAUCCGUACAAGGUCGGAUAUACCACGGAACAAACCGUCUUCAAAACAAGCAGCACAGCACAAACGAGCGUCGACCGUCACCGUGUAUUCAAGAUCCGCAACGACAACAUCAUCAACCCCAUCACGUACCACCCCAUCGCCUACAAGCUCCAAACAUCGCCCGCACAAAUGAUGCUGGCAAGCAAGAACUCAUUCGGACUUAAGCGCGCCGUGUUCGCCACGAAGCCGAUCUGGGUGACCCGCUACCGCGACGGAGAACUCUUCGCGGCUGGGGAGUUCACCAACCAAAGCAAGCAGUCUCAUGGUGUGGAAGAGAUGGUUGCGCGGAAGGACCCUGUUGAGAACGAGGAUGUUGUGUUGUGGCACACUUUCGGACUCACGCAUAACCCCCGUAUUGAGGAUUUCCCGGUCAUGCCUAUGGAAAAGGUCAGCGUUAUGCUCAAGCCGGAUGGGUUCUUCACAAAGAACCCAGCGUUGGAUGUUCCGCAGUCGAACCAGCUGUUCAACAAGUCAACGCUGCACCCGGAGAAGGCAUGCUGUGCUCCGGGGCAGGUGAAACUGUAA